AGUCACCUCCUAGACCAGCAGCCAGGAUGGUGUACCUGCAGCCCCUGCCCCUCGUCGUGGUCCAGGGCGUCCUCCAGCUCGUGUUUUGUGAUGCUAAUCAAGGCGUACAAGGCACAGACGUGCUGGAGUGGGAAGAGAAGGAUGCUGCAGCGACGCUGGUCGACAGUGUGGUGCAUUCCAGGCUCAUCAACCCUUUGCGCCUCUUCGUUAAGCCAUCUCCAGUACUGAAGCAGGGCCAGGUGUCCUACUCAGACGGCACAGAAAGCUUUUGGGAUUGGUUGUCCAACGUCACGGAGGUUCAGGAAUCUCUGGCACGAACUAAGCGCAGACCUAUAGUGAAAACUGGGAAAUUCAAGAAGAUGUUUGGCUGGGGAGACUUCCACUCCAACAUCAAAACUGUGAAGCUGAACCUGCUGAUCACAGGGAAAAUCGUUGACCACGGCAAUGGGACCUUCAGCGUUUACUUCCGACACAACUCCACAGGCCUGGGAAAUGUCUCAGUAAGCCUGGUACCACCUUCCAAGGUGGUUGAAUUUGAACCUUCUCCACAGUCAGUGCUGGAGACCAAGGAAUCCAAGUCCUUCAACUGCCGAAUCGAGUACGAGAAAACUGACCGUGCUAAAAAAACUGCCUUGUGCAACUUUGACCCUUCCAAGAUCUGCUACCAAGAGCAGACUCAAAGCCACGUCUCCUGGUUGUGCUCCAAACCAUUUAAGGUGAUCUGCAUUUACAUAGCUUUUUACAGUGUAGAUUACAAACUGGUGCAGAAGGUCUGCCCCGACUACAAUUACCACAGCGAGACGCCGUACUUGUCCUCUGGCUGACACGGCUGUGGGCAGCCACAGAGCUACAGCAUCAGUCAGCAAAGUGAGCAUCUCCAGUACCCUUUUGGAGAAGAAUUUGUUUUCCUAUUGGGUUAAAGUCUUUAAAAACUGUAGCUGUGUUUGUGCUGUACAGUAAAUAUAAAACUCUGCAACAACCACCUUCCUGUGAGACUGCUGCCUCUGAGCUCUGGCACUGCUCCAGAGGGAAGGAGCAAGCAGCCACACACAAAGCUGUGGCCCUCAUGAACAAUCUGAACAUCUGGUUUCUAAACUAGCCGUGAUGGGAGAGAGCUGGGCUUGUACUUGGACAGCACUUAACAGGACCCUCUGUCCUUGGGAACUCCAAAUGGCAAUACAAAGAGCAAACCAUGAAGCAGCCUCCCAGCUGCUUCCAUACUCCCACUCAUUUCAUGGAGAGUGUUACACAUGCAGGGCUGAAGGGAUCAGCUCCAAACACCAAGAGCAAGGAAUGUGCGUGUCUUUGAGUUGUAGUGGUUGUGUGUGUUCGCUGAAGUGAGGAGUGAGCAGUGCUUCCUUCAACCCUCCCACCUCUGCGUAUGCAAUGAUGUCAUUAGACACUGAGAAGCACUAGUUUCUUAGCCCCACCAGGUGUGCAGCUUCAGUGUACACCCAUUCCUUGCUUCCUUCCUUGGCCACCACUGGGCUUGAUUCUUCUCCCAUGCCAACUGUACCCCAGUACCAGGUCUACAGGGAUAGAGAACACACGGACCUUGGGAAAAAUUGGAUCUCGGUUCAGGCCUCUGGGGCUGGCUUCCAUGUGAAGGAAACCAUUGCCUUGCUGUCCCAACACACCACAGUGUAAGGACAAGCCACAAGUAACAGGAGCUUCCUGCUCCGUGCCACCCAGCUGUCCUCCUUAGCACUGCAGCGUGUGCCCCAGGUCACAGUGUGAGCACUGACACAUGAAGAGGACAACAACUAGCUCCAUGCAUCCUCACCUCAUAGGGCAGACUGCAGACAGUUCUUGCCCAGACGAAAACACUCAGCCAGCCUUUCCCCAGUGCAGAACAGCAGCCCUCCACCACAGCUGUAAGAGGGAGGGAGGGCCUGGCUGUGCUGUAGCUGCAGCAGGACAGAGCUUGCUCCCACCGUGGUUAGCAGUGGUGAGCUCCAGCAAUGCACCUUCAAGCAUCAGAUCCCUGUGCUUUCCUUGGGUAUUGCAUUUGCUGCUGCUGCCAAUUUGCUGUCCUAGUUCUUUGUGACAGUUCCAUGUCACAGCUCCUGUGGAAGAAGCUUGCUGAGGAAUUGUUUCUAUCGCCUCCCGUCAAACUUACACACAGGGUCCAAGUUGCUGCCUACAGCUUAAAUAAAGUACUAAUACUCUGUUCAGGUGGUGUGCUCCCAGACAGGGGACUGGGAUAACCUCAGAGGUCCCUGGUAGAGUCUCAUACCAAGCAAGCAUUCUGUUACACACACACUGCCAGCAACUGGCUCAUUUGUUUUCCUCUUUAGGUGACAAAUUUAAAUGUGCUGUUUAGUUUGAUCAAUACUUUAAAUGUUCUCCUUCAUCUUACUUCAUCCAGAGUCCCUCCUGGUCUAGAGGAUGUUUCUCAGUUUGUCUGUUACUGUUGAUUCCUACAAGAUGGUCUACUUGGUAUUCUGCAUAGCGUGUCCUCAUCCUGGCUGUACAUAGUGCUGAGUUCAGUGGUUGGUGCUUUGUACCCUAGCUGCAAGCCAUGAUUUCACUGCCAUGUAUUCCUACUCAGCACUGUAGGCAACUAAAAGAACCCCUACAUGCUACUUAUUGUAGAGUAUGUGGCAAUCAUGUCUGUAGAGACACUGCAGUAUGUGUCCGUGUCCAGGGACCCUGUGUCCCUGCCUUUGUAUGUAAAUAAAGAGAGUUUGCUAAAGCUGGCC